CCUUCCGAGGGCGCCCCUUCAGAGCCCCGUGUCUCUCAGUUCUUUACCUCGAUUCGAGUUCCGAUGACAGGCAUCGAAGCCCCACUCUGCCCUUCGAAUUAAUUCGCUUCAUAUCAUCCUUAAAUUCGCCCUUCUGGCGGUGGAAUGAUCCCCAAGGAGGGAGCCGUCGUCAGAUCUGGGAGGUGCCGGCGCUGACGAACAAUGCGCGGUCGGAGCUGGCUCGUCAACGAGGGCGGCGGGGGGACCGGGAAGGGCGGGACCUCCCCGAUUGUCGGGAGGGUCGUGCAUGGUGCGGCUGCCGCGGCGUUACGGUGGAGAGUGGCCCUGCUGCUGGUCCCGCUCGUUUACGUGGCCCUGAUGCUGGUGCUCGUCGGGUGGUGGAACCUUGAGGCCAUGCCGGCCCGGGUCGGUGUUGCCAUCCUCAAGAGGGCGCCGCCACCCGGGUCGGUGUACCGAAGCCCGCAGGUAUUCCGGAAGCUAUGGCCUUUCAUGCAGUCGGACUUCAACCACUCCAAUGCGUUGAUGAUGGCGUGGCAUCAGAAAACAACUCAAAGGUGGAAACCUUGUUUAAGGAAGAGAUUAUUACGGGCAGAAUUGUCUCCUUCAAAUGGUUUUCUCAUAAUUGAAGCAAACGGAGGUCUGAAUCAGCAGCGUUUAUCUAUAUCUGAUGCGGUUGCUGUGGCAGGCAUACUAAAUGCAACACUUGUAAUUCCAAUAUUUCAUUUCAACAGUGUUUGGCGCGAUUCAAGCCAGUUUAAGGACAUAUUUGAUGAAGAAUACUUUAUAGAGACACUCAAAAAUCAUGUAAGAGUGGUCAAAGAACUUCCACUGGAUAUAUUGCAGCGAUUUGACAAUAAUAUCAGCAAUAUUCUUAAUAUGAGAACUAAGGCCUUGUCAUCGAAGGCUUACUAUCUACAGAAGGUUCUGCCAAAACUAUUAGAAAAUGGGGCCGUACGUAUAGCACCUUUCUCUUACAGGUUGGCUCAUUCAGUUCCAUCCAGCAUCCAGCGCCUGAGAUGUUUGACAAAUUAUGAAGCAUUGCGCUUUUCUCCACCAAUAAGAACUCUUGCAGAAAGAAUGGUUGAUAGAAUGGUAAAGAACAGCUCAUCAAAUGGAGGGAAGUACAUCUCAGUGCAUCUUCGGUUUGAAAAGGAUAUGGUAGCCUUUUCUUGCUGUACUUAUGAUGGUGGUCAGCAAGAGAAAACUGAAAUGGAUAAAGCUCGUGAAAGGGGCUGGAGAGGAAAGUUCAACAAGCCUGGUCGAGUAAUAAGCCCAGAGGCUAACAGAAGGAAUGGAAAAUGCCCUUUAACGCCAUUAGAGGUGGGAAUGAUGAUUCGAGGCAUGGGUUUUGGUAAGACCACAACAAUCUAUGUCGCCUCUGGAAAGAUAUAUAAUGCACAAAAGUACAUGGCUCCACUUCGUCAGCUGUUUCCCCUUUUAGAGACCAAGGAAACUCUAGCCUCAGCAGAUGAACUUGCACCUUUUAAGGGACACUCAUCACGGUUGGCAGCAUUGGAUUACACUGUUUGUGCUAACAGUGAAGUAUUCGUCACAACUCAAGGAGGAAACUUCCCUCACUUUUUAAUGGGACAUAGGCGAUACUUCAAUGGACACUCUAAGACAAUUAAACCUGACAAGAGAAAGUUGGUGUUAUCCUUUGACAACCCAAAUAUUAGAUGGGACAGAUUCAAGCAUCACAUGCAGGAAAUUUUCCGUCAUAGCGACUUGAAGGGUGUCGGUUUGCGAAAACGUGAUGCAUCCUUGUACUCUUUUCCGAUGCCUGAUUGCAUGUGUCAACAAGCAGAAGCGUAAGUUUAUCGACACUGUAAAUUGUUUGUCAAACUAGGUCAGGCUAACUGAGAAGAACAAGUCUAAUUUCUUCGACAUCCUUGCAAAUUGUCUUGCAAUGUCACUCCAUCAAUUGUAAUUGUUAUUCGUUCAUUCUUUUUUCAGUUUGUAUGUAAAAGAGAAAAGCUCUCUAAUG